CCCGGCGGCUGCGGCACUAGCCGCUACGCCUGCGCAGAGUGAGCGCGCUUUGCGGCGCGGUCCGCGGUAGAGGCGGCGCGAACAGCGAGGGGGCGGCGGAUGGCUCUGUGGAGCCCGGCAGGCUCGGGGACUAGCUCCCGCGGGCCGUUGGAUGAAGCGGUGGCGGUGGCUGAAGAGGGCGAAGUGCGGGCGGUGGUGUCGGAGGGAGCUACGCCAGAAGAGGAAGAGGGCCGCGUUCGGGGCCUGUUGCGCUGGGAUGGCUUCUCGGCCUGGCUGCACUGCGUGUGCGUGGUGGGCUUCGACCUGGAGCUAGGCCAGGCCGUGGAGGUAAUUUAUCCUCAGCAUUCCAAACUUACUGAUAAAGAAAAAACCAAUAUUUGCUAUUUGUCUUUCCCAGAUUCAAAUUCAGGUUGUCUUGGCGAUACCCAGUUUUGUUUUAGAUUUCGACAGUCUUCUGGGAGGAGGGUAUCACUGCAUUGUCUUCUGGAUCAAUUUGACAAAGAUUUACCAGUUUACUUAAAGAAGGAUCCUGCUUAUUUUUAUGGAUAUGUGUAUUUCCGACAAGUUCGAGAUAAAACUCUAAAAAGAGGCUACUUUCAGAAGUCCUUGGUUUUGAUCAGCAAACUACCUUAUAUCCAUUUUUUUCACACUGUGCUAAAACAGAUAGCUCCAGAGUAUUUUGAAAAGAGCGAACCUUUUUUGGAAGCAGCUUGUAAUGAUGUUGAUAGAUGGCCUGCUCCAGUGCCAGGGAAAACAUUACACUUGCCCAUCAUGGGGGUAGUGAUGAAGGUACGGAUUCCAACAUGUCAUGAUAAGCCUGGAACAACUCAAAUAGCGCAGUUAACACAGCAGGCAGAUGCACACAUAUCUGUUAUUUUACCUACUGUUCAUGAAGUGGAUCUUUUCAGGUGUUUCUGCCCAGUUUUUCUUCAUAGUCAGAUGCUUUGGGAGCUUGUGUUGUUGGGAGAGCCCCUUGUAGUUAUGGCACCAUCACCACUGGAGUCGUCAGAGACGGUAUUGGCACUUGUUGGCUGUAUUUCUCCACUAAAGUACUACAGUGAUUUCCGACCCUAUUUCACAAUUCAUGAUAGUGAAUUUAAAGAAUAUACUACUCGUACGCAAGCCCCGUGAUCCAUAUUAGGAGUAACCAACCCUUUUUUUGCUAAAACCCAGCACUGGCCACACAUUAUAAGAAUCUUUAUGGUGUUUCCUUCAGGUGAAAUUCCUAAACAAGUUAAAGUGAAAAAAUUGAAGAGCCUAAAGACUCUGGAUUCUAAACCUGGAGUUUACACUUCUUAUAAGCCAUAUCUAAAUAGAGAUGAAGAGAUUGUAAAACAAUUACAGAAGGGUGUACAACAAAAACGUCCUUCUGAAGCUCAAAGUGUUAUUCUCCGACGCUAUUUUUUAGAACUGACACAAAGCUUCAUCAUUCCAUUAGAAAGAUAUGUGGCAAGCUUGAUGCCUUUGCAGAGAAGUAUUUCUCCUUGGAAGAGUCCACCCCAGUUAAGACCCUUCCUUCCAGAAGAAUUUAUGAAAACACUUGAGAAAACAGGACCUCAGCUGACUUCUAGAAUAAAAGGAGAUUGGAUUGGACUUUACCGGCAUUUUCUAAAAUCUCCAAAUUUUGAUGGCUGGUUCAGGACCCGGAAGAAGGAAAUGACCCAGAAAUUGGAGGCACUCCACUUAGAAGCUCUUUGUGAAGAGGAUUUACUUAUCUGGAUCCAGAAACACACAGAAGUGGAAACAGUAGACCUUGUAUUGAAGCUGAAAAAUAAGCUGUUGCAGGUGGAUCGAGAGCGUUUACCUGUGAAACCUGACACUAUGGAAAAGUUACGGACACACAUAGAUGCAAUUAUCUUAGCAUUGCCAGAGGAUCUGCAAGGCAUAUUGCUUAAAACAGACAUGGCAUGAUAUUUGCCAGGAUUUUCCAUCAAAAAGGAUUGUGUACCAUGAAACAUACUGACAUUUCAACUAGACGCACAAAUAUCUCUUGGUGGAGCAGGAGUGGAAAGUAGCUGUGAAUGCUAAAUACAGGGUGGAAAGACUGUAGUGUAUAAACAGACUUUUUAGUGCAUUUAAAAACAAAAAAAAGAUACCUGUGGUGAUUCCAUUUUAAUACUGAAACACCAAAAGGAAUUUCUGUAUUUUUAAUCAUGUACUAAAGUGCUCUUACGAGAGACCUGUGGAGCCAUCAGCAUAAGUGAUUCCGAACUGCAGUGCUGGCAUUGCAGAUAUUUUUUUAAAUUGGUGCUGCUUUGCCCAACCAUGUUAAAACUCAGGGGGAUAUAAAAAUAACUUUCACACUGGCUGUCUUCUUAAGAAGAAGGAAAAGACUGAACUGUUCAAAUAUAAUUGGAAGUAUUGAUGCUUAUGUAGUGCCUUCUAUUGUCCUACAUGUUUCACAAAGCCUACUGCUACUCCUGAAAGGUUUUUUCUAAGCUUGGUUAUAAUAUGUAAUUUUAUAAGACAGUCUGUUGAGUAAUCAUUGCUUAAAAAUGUGUUUCUUGUUGUGCAGCAUGUUUAUUAGUAGGCAUGGUUUGUUUUCAUUUGCCAUUUAGGUUUUCACAUCAUUGUUUUCAUUACCAUUUUCAAAAUUUAAUCGUUUACAUUUCUCCAAAGGCAUUAAUUUGGUUACAGGGAGAAAGGGUUUAUUUCCUCCUACCUGUUACUAAAUUGGGCCAGUUUAGAUUAAUUAGCGUGACUGUUCUUCAAAGUCAUUCUGAUUAUAAAACUCAUCAUCAACUAUUUUUAAAACUGAAAUAUUCUUAUUUAAAUGCAUUCAUAAACUUUUUAUAUGAUUAGAAGAUUGAUUUCCAGUGGCAUUAUUUGUCUGGUAAAGUUUUCUUCCCGCUAAUUAAUGUUUCUUAGAACACUCUCCCUACUGUCCUUUGACAUGGGGUCUUUUGCCUGAAUCAUUGUUAUAGCUAGGCUUUUAUUUGUCUGCUUUUCUUUUUGUUUUGUUUAAACUGUACUGUCUUGCCCAAAAUAGAUGAAUGUGGUUUGGUUGAAUAAGACUGUUCAGUUUGUGUUUAAAGAGAAGUGUACCAUAGAAGCCACCAUUUGAAAAACGCACACAUGACAUAGUUUGUGCAAAUAGCUGUGUCUUGAAUUAUCCUUUUAAGUAACCAAAUUCAGUUGCAGUUUUUUUUGAGAAAGAAAUGGGUUCAGAAGCUAUCUCUUGUUUUCUGUUUGCAUAACUCUUAAGAGCACUCCUGACCCAAGAAAGACUCCUUCUGUUUGUAACUGUGGUCUAAUGUCCAAAGGUGCCCUUCUCUCGUUGAUACAGUCCCUUGAAGCAUACCUCAAAGUCAUAGAGAAUAUGGCAUUUCUUCGAAAGAAAUUAUUUUCCUUGGAUCAUAUGAGUUGUUUUGUGAAACAACAAUUGACCUUACAGAAAAGGGGCAACUACUUUUAUAUGCUAAAGUAUUUCAUAUCUUUCUGGGAAACCUUAUUUAGGUAUAAAUGGUCAUCUUAUUAAUUUUCAAAUAGGUGUAUUUUAAUAACCUUACAAUUUAUAAACAGUUUGUGACUAGAAUUUGAAAGUUGUUAGUGUCAUAUCAAGGAUCUUUUAAAUUAUACCACACAGGAUAUAGUAUUUCAAGUUUAUUUUGUAUAGCUAGAGUAGCAAAGGAUGCCAAUUAGCAUGAUAAGGGUGUCUUCAUAUAUACUGUAUUUAACUAAAACCUAACACAUGUUGAAAACCAUAUCAUACUUUCCAGGUUUAUCUCUUAAUUUCAAAUUAUGUACUUGUAAAAAUAACUUAAAACUACAUUGGGAACCUGAGAAAGGCUGAUUGAUAACUUAAUCUUUUUAUGCAGUUUUUCUUUGUUGUUGUUGUCUUUUUGGAGGAGAGGGGAGGACUUUGUUAAUAUCUGCACCCUCCCAUUUAGUGUUUACCUGCACCAGCAUCAGAAGGAAUCACUACCCUAAGGAAGUUGGGUAAUGCCUAGUGCCUUCUAUUUACAGUGAAAAAGAUACUUUGUAAAGGCAUUUAUGGUCAUUACUGAGAACAGAAUUAAAGGCUGUGGAUUUUAAAGCA